AUAAUUUCUUUGUCUUUGGACUCUUGUGAUCACAAGACUUCUUCGUUUUGAGUUUUCUGUCAAGGCAGUAAUUGGAGAAAAAAAAGGCCGUCCCUUUUGGGAUCUUCUGGUUCAGCAGCUCCAAUUGACUCAAAAUCAUCCAAGAUGAGGUACUUCUUAACGUAUUUGCUGGUGCUCCUUGUGGCAAUUGUCAUUCCGAUAUUUUCUAUGUACUAUGUCCUGAAUGGAAAAGGUGAGCAAAUCAGUUUCGGAUGGUUCCUGGAGAACACGUCCCCAUACAUGUGGGGUACGUUGGGAAUAGCUUUUGCAGUAGCAUUUUCCGUGGUGGGCGCGGCUAUGGGCAUCCAUACGACGGGAGUGAGCAUAGUCGGAGGAGGUGUCAAAGCUCCGCGUAUCAAGACUAAGAAUUUGAUCUCCGUCAUCUUUUGUGAAGCUGUGGCCAUUUACGGUUUAAUUACUGCAAUCGUGUUGUCUGGAAUGCUCGAGAAGUACACGGAACCCUUAACUGACUUAGCCAUCAAGCAACAGAAUUGGAUGGCCGGAUAUGUGAUGUUCGGUGCUGGGCUCGCCGUAGGUCUAGUGAACCUGUUCUGCGGUAUCGCUGUGGGGAUUGUGGGAUCAGGAGCGGCCCUUUCGGAUGCCGCCAAUGCAGCUCUUUUUGUGAAGAUCCUGAUUGUAGAAAUCUUCGGAUCAGCCAUUGGUCUUUUCGGCCUCAUCGUCGGCAUCUACAUGACGUCAAAGGUUAAAAUGGGUAACCAGUAAUUCAAGAAACUUGAAGAUAAGUUGUACAGCACUGGACCAUCCGGCCUUGACCUUCAAUCUUAAAUCUGUGACAGCCAGUGCUCAGCGCAAAUAUAUCAAACAUGUGUGAAGUUUUCUAUGUUAAGUGUUGGACUCUUGUACUUCUUAAUCAAAAUAUAUUCUGUUGAUGUUUUAUAAAUUUAAACGAGAUUUAUUUCUAUAAUUGAGAGACAACUGUUUUAAUAAUAAUCUGAUCUUAGCACUUUCUUUACUCAAUUGUUUUUUUUUUCUUUUUAAUUUAAUGGUUUAAUACCAUAUUUGUGUCAUAAGUCUUGUGUUUUGUAAGUCUGUUUUCAAGUUGAAUGAAUUUAAACCACAUAGGCUUGUUAUGUUGGUUCACUUAAGGUAAAUAAUAUCUGUAAGAAAUUAUUUUCCCUUUAAUCAUAGAGUUAUUUUAAAAGAUUGUUUUAGUUUUGUUCUCUAAUUCAUUAUUGUGCUAAGAUGUCAGAUAGUGCAUUGAACAGGUCUGUAUUGUAUUGGAGUGUUUUAGAAUACUUUUAAUCAAUAGUUUGUGUUGUUAUCCAUUUUACAGUGUCCCGAUGUAGAUGUGACUAGAUACUAAUUGCAUUCUAGCACUAAUUUAUCUAUGUAUUUAUAUAUCUAUACAUAAUUAUAGUGUAAACAUCAACAUUUAGAUAUCUGUUAACUGCUGAACGGUAAGGUGCUCAAAAUAGUUUAAAAUUAUGCAAUGAAGUAUCUAGUCAUAUUUUAUAAGGCUUGAAACAUUCCAUGAAAUCAUACGAUUUGUGAAAGCUUUGAUUGGAACAGAUAAACAUUUUGUAUAUAGUUAACACUACUAUAUAAUUAAAUAAAAAUAAAUUACCCAAUUUAUCAGUUGUUGACUUUAGCUUACAUGUUUUAAGAAGCUUAAAAAUAACCUAGCAGUUUACGUUUUGAAAUUCGUCGAGUGCAUGUCGUAGUUUAGGAUGUAAUGGAGAUUUUAUCCCUUAGAUCAAACAGAUUUUCAAUUCAAAUGGCAAAUUUACUUUGUCGAUUUGUGUGUUAUAAAACGAAAUUUGCGACCCGUCUACGAUUUUCGCGUCAAAUCAUUGGAAAAUAUUUGUAUGAAAUAUUAAAUGUUGUCCAAUUGUAAAUAUUAGUUUGCUUCCUUGCACUAUUAUAAAUCUUACUAAUUUAUUGUAAAAUAAUUAUUAUCCAUUUUAUGGGACGAUGAUGAAAGCCAUAUGAUUAUGGAUUACGUUGUCUAGGCACAAAUUGAGUGCAAACUUUUGCAAGAACAAGAUAUAAAAGUAUUAUAAGAGCAUUAUGUGUACCGUUUACAGAUGCGAUAAUAAUAUAUUUGUGCAAAUGUAGAUAUUAUGUAUGUUGAAUAAAUAGCUAAAACUUGAA